AUUUUGUGUGUUACCCACGUGUGAUUUUGCGGUCUUGUUAAUCUUUAAUUUUUACGAUUUUUACCAUACAAAACAUUUGAAAUGUUUUAAAAUUAGAUUUUUCAAUUGCAUGCGAAUGGAAAAAUAAGAAAAAUGGCCUCAAUUACAGGGAACGACGACAUUCUCGUUGUUUCUGGCUGGAACAGCGCUUUUAUUUUUGACAGAAAAAGUGGUGCCUUUCAGUCCUUGGAUCCUCCAAAAUCAGAAGACGAAAAUGCAGAAACAAAAGGUCCAAAGAAAGGGCAAACCAGUUCAGAACACGCAGACAAACACAUGGCCAGCCUGGCCCUGUCCAAUUGUGGACAAUACUUGGCUCUGGCCUCCAGUCGAGGGACAAAGAGCCUCUUCCUCUGGCAUCGGGAAGGAUCGACCUGGAAGUUUGUCAGUCAGAGAGCUACGGGAAGAGCGGCAAGCCGGAUCAGAUUCACCAACUCUGCCUCUUCGAUUCUGGUUGCUGAUAAAGCUGGAGAUGUUUACUUGUUUUCAGUGGCAGAACCGCUGAAGGAGAAGGAAUGGCUGCUCGGACACAUCACAAUGCUGUUGGAUGUGCUUGUCUCUGACGAUGAGAAAUUUGUGAUAACCUGCGACCGGGAUGAUAAAAUUCGAGUGGCCCUUUAUCCGAACUGCUACAACAUCCAUUCCUACUGCUUGGGACACACAUCUUUUGUCACCAGUUUGUCCUUCCUGCCCCACAACCCUGCAGUUCUGAUUUCAACCUCAGGAGACGGCAGUGUGAAAUUUUGGAAUUAUCUUGAGGGCAGAGAAUUGUUGAGCAUUCCCAUUGACAAACACGUCCAGUCAUCUGACGACGAAGUCUUGCCAAUCAAGCAAUGCUCGUCGUUGAAAAUUUCAACUGAUUCAUCACUGCUCAGUGUUUGCAUUGGAGGAUCAUCCAUUUGUCCCAUCUUUAAAAUAACCGGUCUGGAUCAGCUGCAGAUGGAACUGGUCUACAAAAUUGACUCGGAAGAAGGAGAGAUUUGGUGGAUGCAGUUUACUUCUGAUCGUAACUUGUUUCUACUUCGGAACAGUCCGAGCCGACCAGUUGAGGUUUGGCGUUGUUCUGAAAAUCUUGAAAUGAGACUGGAUGAAAAUGAAAAGAUUUUUCAAGAUUAUUCUAACUUGCUGCAAGAAUGUUUUGCCUGCCCAUCCAUCCCUUCAAUGUUGUACCGAAAGAAAUUUGACGAACCUCCAGAAAAGGCCAAGAAAAAAAGUUAAAGUGACUUGGCGUGGACCGGUGCCGUACAGCUUGAGGACCUCGUCCCUGUCCGGGCAGUACGAGUAGAGGGCCCUGAACUGGCAGCCGGCGUCGCGGAACAAGAUGAGGAAGUGCUUGCUCUCGGAACGCGCGAUCUCCUCGAGCACGCGCCUCUUGGCCUCGCGGUUCACAACUCCUGGGAAGACACAGUACUCGACGGCGUUCAGCAUGAUGCCUCGGUUUGAUUUGGUUGCUGGUUGGCGGUAAAGUCGGGGACCUGAAUUAAAGUUCAAAUUAAAUUUUGUUCAGAAAUAAAUCAAAAUCUGGAUCAGGAAUUUCUCAUUGCAAUAAUUUUAAAAAAUUUGUUUUCUUCUUUUAAUUCCUCUUCAAUUUAAUUUGUAAAAAAUUCCACUUUUUUAAUAUCUCAAUUUUAUUUAUUAU